GGAGCUGGGGAGCGGCUCAGCCAAUGGCAGCGCGCGGGGGCGGGCCCGGGGGCGGGGCUGCGGGAGCCGGCAGCGGGCGGCUCCGGGAGGCGGCAAAGGUGGGUGCAGCGGCACAGGAGAUGCUCCAGGUGUCCGUGCUGGAAGCAGGAUGAAUCUGGUGGCGAUGGCGACCGAUCCCGAGCUCCAGUGGGUGUCCCUGUGGCUCCGUGUCCGGUGGGCGGCCGUGCUCGUGCUGCUCCUCAGCUCCCUGGUGAUGCUGCUGCUGCCGCUGGCCGCCGUGGACAACCAGUGCCACGCUGUGCUCAAGGGCCUGUCCUUCCUCAAGAGCAAGCUGGGCUCCUCGGGGAUCAGCAGGCUCACAGGACAGAGCACGGAGCUGAGCGUCACCUCCAAGGGGCUGGAGCUGCUGGUGCUGAAGGGAAAAGCCUCCCCAGAGGUGAAGUUGGAAGCCAGAGCAGCUCUGAAUCAAGCCCUGGAGAUGAAGCGCCAAGGGAAGCGGGAGAAGGCCCACAAACUCUUCCUGUACGCCCUCAAAAUGGACCCAGAUUACGUGGAUGCCCUGAACGAGUUUGGGAUCUUUUCUGAGGAGGAAAAAGACAUCCUCCAGGCUGACUACCUGUACUCCAAAGCUCUGACCAUCUCCCCCCACAACGAGAAGGCUCUGAGCAACCGGGGCCGGACGCUGCCCUUGGUGGAGGAGAUCGACCAGAGGUAUUUCAGCAUCAUCGACAGCAAGGUCAAGAAGGUGAUGGCCAUUCCCAAAGGGAAUUCCGCCCUGCGGCGGGUGAUGGAGGAAUCCUACUACCACCACAUCUACCACACGGUGGCCAUCGAGGGGAACACGCUGACGCUCUCCGAGAUCCGGCACAUCAUCGAGACCAGGUACGCCGUUCCCGGGAAGAGCCUGGCGGAGCAGAACGAGGUGAUCGGGAUGCACGCGGCCCUCAAGUUCGUCAACACCACGCUGGUGUCGCGCAUCGGCUCCGUCACCAGCAGGGACAUCCUGGACAUCCACCGGCGCGUGCUGGGCUACGCCGACCCCGUGGAGGCCGGGCGGUUCCGCGCCACGCAGGUCUUCGUGGGCCACCACAUCCCGCCCCACCCGCAGGACGUGGAGAAGCAGAUGGAGGAGUUCGUGCAGUGGAUGAACUCGGAGGACGCCAUGAGCCUGCACCCCGUGGAGUUCGCGGCGCUGGCGCACUACAAGCUGGUUUACAUCCACCCCUUCGUGGACGGCAACGGCCGCACCUCGCGGCUGCUGAUGAACCUGAUCCUGAUGCAGGCGGGGUAUCCGCCCAUCACCAUCCGCAAGGAGCAGCGGGCAGAGUACUACCACGUGCUGGAGGUGGCCAACGAGGGCGACGUGCGGCCCUUCAUCCGCUUCAUCGCCAAGUGCACCGAGACCACGCUGGACAUGCUGCUCAUCGCCACCACCGAGUACUCCGUGGGCCUGCCCGAGGCGGGAGGUGCUGCCGGCUGCAAACAAACCAUCCCCGUCAAGACUUGAGGGUUUGGGGCAAUCUCAGGAGCUGGUGAAGCUGUGGGAAGGCAGAAUUCCAAGCUGCUCAGUGUUCCUGCUGGGAAAUGACUGGACAGGAGGUGUCGCUUGAGCGUUUCCUUUAUUUAAAGUGUCUUACAUUUGAUUAAAUUAAUAUAAUUUAUUUAUAUACGUGAUGCCAAAAGGAACUGGGGAUGGAGGCUGUGCACUGGAAGGAGGUGGGGAGAGAUGUCAGAGGGCUCAAAAAAGAUGAACUAAAAUUGAAUUGCUCCUUCAAAUUAAGCUUUGAGGAGCUGCUUCAAUCACAGCCCUUCACCCAAGGCAGUCAGCUCUACUGUCUGAUCUCAGCAAAGUCUAAACUGAGUUGGUUUCAUGUUGCCUCUUCCCUGUAGCUCCAAAACACAUUCCUGAAGGAACAGCACUCUCCCAGCUGUGUCCAUCAGACACUGUGGUGUCAGUCACACAGGUACUGAGCAGGAAGGAGGCUGAACUCCAGCCCAAAGGCAUCUCUCCCCUCCCAUUUCUGUGUCUGUGGCACUUUGCAUGUUUACUUUCAGCUGCCUUUCCUGGGGUGAGUUUUGUACGAGUGGGAAGUGUUUAGGAUUACAGGUGAUAGGAGUGGAUCAAGAGGAGCAAAACUGACUUACUUGAGGAAGAAGGACUCAGGAAACUCCUCAGCCAACAGGAGCCCUAGGAAAGCACAACUGUCCUUAGACAUUUCAGUGGAAGGAGCUUGUCCUCAGAACUGUGGGUAGAAAAGGUCAUCAGGCAGAGCCAGGAGACACCAGCUGUGCCAAUUUGGGAAGAAUUUGUACAGGAAGUUUGCCAAAAUCUUCAGUUUCUAAAGCCUAGGUAAGGAAACUUUCACAAUUCAUCACACUGAUAAAUGUGUCAAGAAUCACUCGAGGCCUCUGUGUGCUGCAGGGGCAAGUGCAGUGCCUGGAGCUGCUGAGCAGUUCAAAGAAUCACUUUUCCCCUUUUAAGGUUUUUAAGGUAAAAGUACCCACAGAUCUCCCUACCCCCCAAACCUGCCAGGUGUGAAACAGCAUCAUUGAUCCCACCACCUCCAAGCUCACGAAACUUCCAUUUAAAAUCCCAGUUCAGAGCAUUUAACCCUUUGACAAAAGCUGCCAGGCUGUCCCAGGCUUAGUUUCCUUCCCUUUUAACUCACUCUUACCUGACAGGGAGUUUAGGACAUGUUUUAGAGAAGCAGAAACCAGGAUGAGACUGGGAGUUCUCUGCUGCCAGGGAAAGCAGACAAUACAGGAGGAAAGCUGUCCUGUCCUUACAAAGCAUGUUAUUUUUGUAGUGCAACCCGAGUAUAAAUAAUGCACUUUAGAGCUCUGUGGGGUGGGGGAAAAAAAAAUGUUAUUUUAGUAACAGAUUAAUAAACUAUUUUAAUAUGAAAGUCUUGGUUUGGAAGAAGCUGUUCUCAGAGCACACUUGGCUGCAGUGAACUAAGUGGUUGUGGAGGAGGAAAGGCCAUGGGAGAGAUCCUGGUUCCCUCAGCCACAUGGCAGCAUGAGCAGAGUCGUCAUUUCAAAGUAAAGCCAAGUGAAAUCAGCACAGAAAAUAGUGUUUAUUUGCAGCAGUGUUCGUGUGGUCCAAGUGAACUCAGCACUGGGGUCCCCCCCUCACAUCCACCCCCUCGGGCUGGUGACUUCCAGGGUAGUUGACAAGCAGGAACGUUUCUAUCCGAGAUCACAGCACUGUUGGAAAGUCUGAGGUGAUGACUGAAGUGGUU